AGCAUUAGGCUCUCUCUCUUCGAUCUGCAAAAAAAAAAAAAAAGAAAAAAAAAAAUGGCAGCAGCAGCACCAGACCACUUGUUCAACCUUCGAAACAACUUCUACCUGGGAGCUUUCCAGGCAGCCAUCAACAACAGCGACGUUCCAAACCUCUCCCCAGACGACGCCGUAGAGCGCGACUCCCUCGUCUACCGCUCCUACAUCGCCCUCGGCAGCUACCAGCUCGUCGUUCACGAGAUCGACGCUUCUGCUCCCACUCCUCUUCAGGCCGUCAAAUUGCUCGCGCUCUACCUCUCUUCCCCCGAAAACAAGGAGUCGACGAUCUCGAGUUUGAAGGAGUGGUUGGCGGAUCCGGCGAUCGGGAGCAACCCCAUUCUGAGGUUGAUUGCUGGGAUCGUGUUUACGCAUGAGCAGGAUUACAAUGAGGCUCUUAAGCACACCAACGCUGGUGGCACUAUGGAACUGCAUGCCUUGAAUGUCCAGAUUUUCCUUAAAAUGCAUAGGUCAGAUUAUGCUGAGAGACAGCUUAGGGCCAUGCAGCAGAUUGAGGAGGACCACACACUAACUCAACUUGCUAAUGCAUGGUUAAAUUUGGCAGUGGGUGGUUCCAAGAUACAGGAAGCAUAUCUCAUCUUCCAAGAUUUCUCUGAGAAGUAUCAGAUGACAAGUUUGAUCCUGAAUGGGAAGGCUGUUUGCUGCAUGCACAUGGGAAACUUUGAUGAAGCUGAAACUCUGCUGCUUGAAGCACUAAACAAGGAUGCAAAGGAUCCAGAAACUCUAGCCAAUCUGGUUGUAUGCUGUCUUCAUCUUGGUAAAGCUUCUUCCCGGUUUCUCAGCCAGUUGAAACUUUCACACCCAGACCAUGUGCUUGUCAAACGUGCGUCAACCGCAGAGGAGAGCUUUGACCGGGCUGUUCAAUCAGUUGCUUGAUGAAUUCAUUUUAGGCAGAGAGGUGAAUUCUGUUACUAUAUAUAUGGUCCUUUCACCAUUCAUGACGGCUAUUCUCUAUUGGUUUUGUAAGCGACAGGAACAUAUAAAAUUGAAUGGAACAGAUUUAUUUCGCGACUGAGUUUGAAAUUCAUAGUAAUGUUUACCUGUCCUA